GGAGCGCCCGUUCAGUGAUCGACACGCUCGGCGCUCAGCAGCUUCCCUGCCUCCGUCGCUCUGUAAUCGAUUGAUUUUGGCUCGCGUGCCGUCCGGGGCUGGAGGAGGGAGGGAGCCGCUUACCUGCCCCUCCUCCGCCAAACAGCCCACGAGCCAAGGCAGAGGCGGGGCCGUUUCACUCGCUGACAGGCCUUGGCCCUGGCGGGCACCCAUACGGCCUGUCGCGGGAACAGCGGGCCGACCUUUUGUCCCGCGGAGGGAGCGAUGCGAGACGUGCUAGUGACGUCACCGCAGUCGUUGACUACCGCCCGAGCCCCGCGCGCCAAAUUCGAACGCGGCAACCGGCGAGCGCGCGAGAGCCCCCGCUAAGCGCCAGCAGCAUCCACCCGGCUCGCGCGGCAGCAGCGUCUCCAUGGCCACCCCCCCCAAGCGCAGCCGGGCCCAGAGCGGCAUCAAGAAGAUCGCCAUAGAGGGCAACAUCGCUGCAGGAAAAUCAACAUUUGUGAAUAUUCUCAAACAAGUUACCCAGGAAUGGGAAGUUGUUCCUGAGCCUGUAGAAAGAUGGUGCAAUGUUCAAAGCUGCCAAGAGGAUUAUGAGGAGCUGACGACAUCACAGAAGAGUGGAGGGAAUGUGCUUCAGAUGAUGUAUGAGAAACCGGACCGGUGGUCUUUCACCUUCCAGACGUAUGCCUGCCUGAGCAGAAUCCGGGCUCAGCUCAAAUCCCUUAAUGGGAAAAUCAGGGAGGUGGAGAACCCUGUGGUCUUCUUUGAGCGAUCUGUGUAUAGCGACAGGUAUAUUUUUGCAUCUAACUUAUAUGAAUCUGAUUGCAUGGAUGAAACCGAAUGGACGAUUUACCAAGAUUGGCAUGAAUGGAUGAAUAAGCAGUUUGGUCAAAGCCUUCAACUAGAUGGAAUCAUUUAUCUCAGAGCCACUCCUGAGAAAUGCUUAAAUAGGAUUUACUUGCGUGGAAGAGAUGAAGAACAAGAAAUUCCUAUUGAAUAUCUGGAGAAACUUCACUACAAACAUGAAAGCUGGCUUCAGCAUAGAACAUUACGAACGGAUUUUGAAUACUUGGAAGAAGUACCCAUCUUAACACUGGAUGUUAAUGAAGAUUUCAAAGGCAACAAAGACCAGUAUGAAAAUAUGAUUGAAAAGGUCAAGAAAUUUUUGAGCACUUUAUAAUCCUUUUGAAGAGCAAACAGAAUCAAACUGUUCCAAACAUCUGUGAGAUCAGAGCUUGGGUUCAAAUUCGGCUUUCUUAUAAGGUGUCUGAAGAGGAGGGGUUCAGUGUUGUUGCUUUAACAAAUUGUGAGGAACAAACACACUUUGAUAUUUGUUUUACAAAAUUUAUGUAUAGAUUAUUUUCAUAAACCAGUGGGCCUGUUCAGUGUUAUAGAGAACAAUUUACAAGUUACCCAAUGCUACAAAGAGUCCCAGGAGCCCUUAAUUACUACUCCCUGUUCCUGAUUAGAGUAAUAAAUUCCCAUAGAGCACUCUUCCUGUUUUGUCCCUAAUUUGUAUUUAAUUCCCAUGUAGUUAGGGGUUUUAUCAGAACUGGUCUCCUGUAUUUUUCAGUGGAAUUUGAGAGUCUGCAAGGGAAGUUGUACAUUCUGUAGCAGGUUCUUCCCAAUUACAGGAAGAGGAUAUUGAGGGGAAGGGAUUUCUGCUGAUGAGGGAAUUAAUUUACAUAAAGUCCCAUACAUCAAAGUACAAAAAUGUGUUUUGAUAAUUCCAGAAGAUUGGUGGGGCUUUGCCCAGAAUCAGUUGGAUCAAAAACCAAACCUUAAGUACAAUGCUCCUUCAACAAACUUCGGUGUCUGCCAUUUUUGUGUCAUUUUUUAAACUAAGGUAUUUAAGAGUUUCCAUCUGUUAGCGCUUGUUCUUUUUGUUUUAUACCUUUUCCUAUACAAAGUUAUAAGAUCUGUAUAAAUUAUUUUUCAUAUUGGAUAAUUUCCAUCUGAAAUUUAGGAAUCUGUUUUUGGUAGCCAGUAAAUCCUUUUUUUUUCUGUGGAGGCCAGCAUCCAAUUGUUGAAUGCUGAAAUAGAAGGUAAAACUAUGUAAGCUGUCUUUAGGUUUUAAAUUGUGUUUUUAAAUGUGAUGUGAAUAGACUUUUAAAUGUUGUCAUAGUGGGAGUUACAUUGUUCUUACCUAGCAAUCUCCUGCUGUUUUAAUUUCUUCUCUGGUUAACUGUUGGCCUUUCUGCAAUGGAAAAGGGAGAACUUUGUGGAGCAACCACUAUUUUAAUGCACUGAUCUUUGUAAUGGUGAUUUUUCUUUCAAAUUCUGAAAACACCAUCAACCAUUUAGUACACACAUCUUGAAAUAUGUACUGUAUUUUGUGCUGUAUUGUUUUGCAUUCAAUACUUUUUCUCAAUAUGUAAUUAUACACUUGGCUUUUGAAUGCAAAUAUUCUGUUGUCACAGGAUUUUGUUAUAAUGGUGCUCAUGUUCCCUGUCAAUUUGGAGAUAGAAUCUCAUACUGUGUGACUAGAAUCAUGUUUGAAAAAUAAAAAUGAUAGAAACUUUUUUGCACUUA